AUAUUUUAAAAAGUCACGUACACAUUGUCUGCCAAAAUAAAGCGAUUCCUUCGUGUUUUUAGACAGAAAAUUGCCUAAAACAAUCAAAAACGUGGAAAAUUUAACCAAUAAUUAGUAGUUUUACUAAAGAUGUUACUUUUGUGACGUCGCAUCACAAGAAAUUCCAAAAAAUCUCAUCGGGCCUACUUUCUUACAUAAACAACAAGCACAUUUCUCGCAUAAAAAAGCACAAAAAUGGCAUCAGCUGAGGUCGAAACAGCUGGCGUAGUUGUCGUCAAGGCGAAACCUGCACGAAAAAUCUUCAGACCAGCUACGAGAACCAUCAACAAAAUCCCUCCGGAGAUCCUGAAUGACCCGCAGAUCAACGAGGCAAUUGCUGCGCUUCCGUCAAACUACAAUUUCGAGAUUCACAAGACAAUUUUUCGAUGUCGCGAGAUAAAAGCGAAACGUGUCGCACUCCAACUACCUGAAGGUCUUUUGAUGUUUUCUCUCAUCAUAAGUGACAUAAUUGAGAGAUUUACGGAUGCGGAUACGGUUAUAAUGGGCGAUGUGACAUAUGGCGCGUGUUGCGUCGACGAUUUCACCGCAAAAGCCUUGGGAGCUGACUUACUCGUGCAUUACGGACACAGUUGUUUGAUUCCCGUCGAUCAAACGGUCGGCAUAAAAGUGUUGUAUGUCUUUGUCGACAUCAAAAUCGACGCUGUGCACUUCAUCGAAAGUGUAAAACUCAAUUUUAACGUCAACCAAAAGCUCGCUCUUGUGAGUACAAUUCAAUUUGUCGCUACAUUACACGCCGCUGCAAAGGAUUUACGUGAAAUUGGAUACGAUAUCACGAUUCCGCAGUCAAAACCUUUGAGUCCGGGUGAAGUUUUGGGAUGUACGGCACCUCGAAUCCCCGAAGGAACGACAUUGAUCUACUUGGGCGACGGCAGAUUCCAUUUAGAAGCCGCUAUGAUCUCGAAUCCCACAGCUGAUGCAUACAAAUAUGACCCGUAUGAGAAGAAAUUCACGCAAGAAUUUUACGAUCACACCGAAAUGCGAGUAAAUCGCAAACGUGCGAUCGAUUCAAGUAGAAACGCAAAAAAAGUAGGCAUAAUUUUGGGCACUCUCGGGCGUCAAGGCAGCUUAAAAGUGCUCGAACACAUCGAAAAACGCAUUCGUGCCAAAGGAAAAGACGUCGUUACGAUUCUUUUGUCAGAAAUUUUUCCGCAUAAAAUUGAAUUAUUCCAAGAUGUCGAUGUUUUUGUGCAAGUAGCGUGUCCCCGGUUAUCCAUAGAUUGGGGAACGGCCUUCAAUAAACCGCUUUUAACGCCUUACGAACUGUCUGUGGCACUUGGAGAUGUCGAAUGGAGACUCAAUGGUGACAUUGAGAAACAAACUGAGGUCUAUCCAAUGGACUUUUAUGCGAGCAAAUCUCUCGGGCAAUGGACUCCGAAUCACAAACCGAGUGAUAAUGGAUGCGAAAAUGCCUUGACUGGCGGUUGUUGCGGCAAAUGUGACAAAGGCGAGAAAAAAACUUGAUAUCCAAUGGGGUUCUAAAAAAUAAAAAUUAAAAAAAUGACAUUGUAAAUUAUUGUAAAAAAUA